GCAGGCAGCUAACUCUCUUUUUUGUCAGUCCCUCCUCACGCUCCUUAAUCUAUUUCUUCGUCAGUUCUUGUGCGGCAUUUGAUUUGUACGAGAUCUUCCAACUCCGACAAGGCCCAUCAACUUGCCAUUCUCUCGUCAGCAUUCGACUCCACUCUUUGAUGUCCCUUAUUGUCUUGAUCUUUGAGACAUCUCUGUCAUAUCAACCAAAUUUUACCAUUAUCCUGAACUUAGCCUGAUCUGGCAUCACAUCGAAGCCAGCACUGGGAGGCAGAGUCUGAUAUCAACAUGUCUGCAACCGCACCUGGUGUGAGACCCAACUCUGGCUCCCCAGGUCUUCGUCUUUCCUCUUCGGCAUCCAAAAGCCCGUCGCAUGACGAGAAUCUCAGGCUAUCUGACGAUUAUACCCAAGCUUAUCAGGACUUCAGAAUGCCUGUGAACUUGAAGAAAUCUGUCAGCGCGCUGACAACUUCUAAGCUUGCAAAUCAAAGCUCUGCCAAGGCGAAGCUCACACACGAUCUUGCGUCAUCCGAGUCGUACCCAAUGGACAGACUGCUUGCGAAGCUUUCGGAGCAUCAAGCCGUUAACACUCAGCAUAACGUGCCGAUUGCAGCAUUUUCGGACGACGAGCAAGUGUUCCCCCGGGUUCUCGAUCACCAAUCCUCGUGCAGCUCGCUGCCUAUCACUCCAGCCAAUGAUAUUUAUGCCGCCAGCACUCCGGCAACUCGUCCAGCGAGCGCCACGCCCGAGAGCCACACGGCUGCCAACGACGAGGUUACUCGCCUGAAGCUCGAGCUAGCCCGCGCCAAAAGCGAGAUCUCUCGCUUAGAUAGCGAGCUUAUCAAUCGACGAACCGAAGGUAUCGAAGGCAAUGAAGAUGGCUUAGACCAGGUCGAUAAAUCCAUAUUGGGCAUGACUGGCGAGCUUGGCGGCCCGAGGUUUUCGGGAUCUUCCACUUACAAGUCCAGUAGACCUCAAUACGCACGGGAGACCCCGUGGCCCGCCCAGGAUGAUUCUCCGUCUGAUACUAGUGAUUCUCUCUCGGCUGGAAACUAUGGCCGCUCUCGAGGAAUCUGGGCUUCAGGAAAGAAUAGCAACGCUAAUCAGAGCAACUAUUUGCAGCCAACAACCUCGGCCUUAUCUGACCCUACACAGCAAGUGUCAUGGUCUGGUGGUGGUCGGGGUUUUGCUGAGCCCUGUGCUCCGUUGUACGGACCUACUGCAGAUACUUACCGCGGUGACCGGUUUGGUUCCGGCAGCGAUAUGGGGAUGAGGGCCGCAUCUGGUCGCCGAUCUAAUCGUUACGAUAAUCGCUUUGCCACUCCUCAAUCCUUUGAGCCUGGCUUUGGUGGAUUCACGAUGGGAUACAGCCAGUUUGACUCUGUAGCCAGCUACCAAGGUGGACUGCAGGCCUCGUUGUCUGGCGGUCUCAUGUCUCACGCAGGCGGCAUGCACCAACAAUUCCAACAGCCGGUGGGCACUCCGCUGUCUCCCCACGCCACCGAGUUCACCUCCAACGUAGCAUCAUCCUGGAAGUCCGAUGCCGUCGCGACCGAGGGCCAAACUUAUCUGCCGACCACCGAGCCUCUGAAUUACCGUCGGCUUCUGGAUCGCAACGUCAACUGCAACUGGAAGUACAUUGUCGACAAGAUUGUCUGCAACAACGAUCAACAAGCUUCGAUUUUUCUUCAGCAGAAGCUUAAAGUCGGCACUCCGGAGCAGAAAUACGAGAUUGUUGAAGCCAUUGUGGCACAAGCAUACCCACUGAUGGUUAAUCGCUUUGGCAACUUCCUAGUUCAACGCUGCUUCGAGCAUGGAACACCAGAGCAGGUCAUCAAGAUUGCAGAGGCCAUCCGUGGAAACACCCUCAACCUUUCUAUGGAUCCUUUUGGUUGCCACGUUGUUCAGAAGGCGUUUGACUCUGUACCAGAGGACUACAAGGCUAUUAUGGUGGGCGAGCUUCUGCGCCGUAUUCCCGAGACAGUCAUCCAUCGUUACGCUUGCCAUGUGUGGCAGAAACUUUUCGAACUGAGAUGGACAGAGUCGCCUCCCCAGAUCAUGAAGUUCGUCAACGAUGCCCUUCAUGGAAUGUGGCAUGAAGUUGCCCUGGGUGAGACUGGGAGUCUCGUCGUCCAAAACAUAUUUGAGAACUGUCUUGAGGACGACAAGCGGCCCUGUAUUGAGGAGGUCCUUGCCAACAUUGAUAUUGUUGCCCAUGGUCAAUUUGGCAACUGGUGUAUUCAGCACAUCUGCGAGCAUGGUGCCCCGGCCGACAGAAGCCGUGCCAUCGACCACGUCAUCCGGUAUGCAGCUGAGUACAGCAUGGACCAGUUCGCCUCCAAGGUUGUUGAGAAAUGUCUGAAAAUUGGCGGCUCUGAUUUUCUUGGUCGCUACCUUGAUCGGGUUUGCGAAGGCCGCGUUGACCGGCCGCGCAUUCCCCUUAUUGAUAUAGCCAGCGACCAAUACGGAAACUACCUGAUCCAGUAUAUCCUCACGCACUCGACACCUCAGCAUCGCGAGAUUGUAGCAGCCCAUAUUCGCAAGCAUAUGGUAUCUCUUCGAGGUUCCAAGUUCGGUUCUCGUGUCGGUAUGCUUUGCACCAAUCCCGCUGUGGCUACCAGACCUGGCCCAGGUGUCGGCCCUGCUAUGGGCCGGAUGCCUCCGGGCUCUCGGUUCGGUGGUGCUUAUCGCUAGCCAACCCUUGGCUGAGCACUUGUGCAGCCAUCAUACGUCACCUGCUAGUCUAUCUAACUGUCUGCAACACAUACACUUGAACCAGCUUCUUUCUCUGUCGCCAGAGCCUGCAUCACGGCUCUCGACAGGGAAAAGAACUGGUAUCAGUGCUUGUAUGCGAGCUGAAGCCGAUUUGGCUCACCUUUUUGAUUCACCAUGCCACGAGCCAAAUUUCCAUCCAUCGUCCGAUCCAGGAGUUCACCUACGACAUUCAAGAUUUGCGCGUUUUACCAUCAUCUUCCCAGUCAACUAAAUUUACAAAUCAACCGAAAUCCUACGCUCGGGAGGCUACUGCCCAAUCGAGUGCUUUGGACACAUUAUAUUUACGAUUUUGCGAUAUGGGUGGCUGUCAAAGUUGCGAACAGUGGUAUAGAACAAAAAUGAGCAUCCGGGCGCUCAUCUUCUUCAUCUUUUGUCAAGCCGGUCAAUGAAUGAAUGUUAAUGCGCACAACCUUGGCUUCUCUUCUUACCAUUUGGGGAUCAGCUGAGUAUAAUUUGGGGGAGAACCAGCUUCGAUCUAGUGGUCGAGUUUAGUGGCGCAACGAACAGAAAUUGCCUGGCAAUUCAUGAGGAAUAGAGCAGGGGGAGGUCGGAACCAAAAAAAAAGGAUGUCAAGAUUGUUGCAAGUUUUAUUUUUUUUCUUUUCUUAUCUUUUCUUUUUGUUCUAUUCAGGGCUCAUGCGUUGCCUCAAGCAAGCAGGUGUGCAUGUAAGUUUUGUUAAUGCGGGACCAAUGCGUGGAAGUUUACAUCGCUAGGUACUUAUCCAUGUUAGUCG